UUUUCCCAAGUUUCUCCCGUAUUUUAGACUCAUCUCCUGCCGCCCUCCCGUUUUGUCUUUUCUCCCGGGAAUCUCCCGUAAUUUGCAAGACCCAAUUUUGUUUGUUAAUAAUAAUGAGAAGCGCACAAUAACAAAGGUUUUAUUUUGAAAGCCCAGACCGGAAGCCGCCGCAGCUCAGUCAGUUUAACAGAAGUUGAAACACACGGCGAAAUGUUUUUAACUGUAAAUAAAAGCGCACAUUUUUCAGCCUGUGUCAGACAGUGCCGAGUUUACUGACUAAUUAUUAAAAACCUGGAUGUGUUGUAAAUAUCAUCUUUUGCUGCUGACACCCCCCACCCACAGCCACAAAAAUCUCCCGGAUUUUACUACUCAAAUGUUGGCAGUGCCUCACCAAAAAGACAGCCAUGUCCAUGCUGCCUAAUGCUGGCAUUUUCCAGAACAAGGAGGAAAAUGCAGUGAUGACUCAGUACCCUUCCAAAAUCUUUCGAAUAAUGAUCAGGGAUAUUGUCAUUGUGCGCCACCCUUUCUCUGUGUGUGUACCGGUGAACUAUAAGGUGACCCUGAGUGUCUGUGCUGAGGGUACAGGAGUCCUGAACUACCAGUGGUUUACAGCUAAUGAACAGGAGGUUCCUGGCGCCACUCAAGCAGAACUGACAGUCAGAGCUCAGAGAUCCCAGCUGUAUGUGUGUCGCGUUAAUGACCAGUAUUGCAACUGUGUGUUCAGUGAGUGGGUGAAAGUCAAGGUGCUGGAUGUUAAUUCAGCUCUGCCGGGACAGUGGCAGGGGGAGCCCCAUAUUGCUGUGAACCCUAAGCCCCAGACAAUCCGGCAGGGGGCGAAACUUACCCUGCGCUGCGCUGCCUUUGGCAUCCCCACUCCACACUACCAGUGGUACAGAAACGGUCAAGCACUGCUGGACAAGACUAGUGACACGCUGCAGAUAGACCAUGCAACAGCUGACCAUGGAGGAUCAUACCUGUGCUCUGUGUCUAACAUAUUAGAAGAGAGAUGGACAGACCCGGUUGAUGUUGACAUAGUGUCGACUGACCAGCGUCCUCCUCCAGCUCCCACAGCCAGCGACAAAGUAGCUCUUCUUAUUGGCAACCUGAAUUACUCCCACCACCCGGGCUUGAUGGCCCCCACUGUGGAUGUACAUGAGCUAGCCAACCUCCUACAACAGCUUGGCUUCAGAGUGGUUUCCCUCUUGGAUCUCACCAGGGAAGAGAUGCUCGCAGCCAUUGACAAGUUCAUCCAGCUGCUUGACAGGGGUGUAUAUGGCCUUUUCUACUACGCAGGCCAUGGGUACGAGCGCUCUGGGAGGAAUUACUUGGUAGCUGUUGAUGCGCCACAACCGUACCGACCUGAAAACUGUGUGUGUGUGCAGAGGGUCAUGCUGAGCAUGCAGCAAAGGAGGACUGCGCUGAGUGUAAUCCUGCUGGAUACUUGUAGAAAAUGGUACAACCAAGACUGCAUGUCAUCAGUUAUCAAGCCCUUGGAGCCCAGUGGAAAUACUGUUUAUGGUUAUGCCACGUGUGAAGAUGCUGAGGCUUUCGAGGUCCAAGAUGGGGGAAAGAGCACAGGAAUCUUCACUAAAUACUUGAACAAACACAUCCUACAGCCUGAAAAGGUCACCCAUGUCUUGGAGCAGGUGUCGGAAGAUUUAGGCAGAGACCCACUAGUCACAGGCAAGCAGGCGGUGGAGAUCAAACACACCCUGAAGGAACCACGUUCCCUCACAGAUCCAGUCAGGACCACGGGCCACACGAGGGAACUCCACCUGCGAGACGCCUGCUGGAAACAAGCCAAUGAGCUGCCCCAGAAAAAGCGGCUGGUGUUUCUUUGUGGGGUUGAGGUGGAGGUCAGCUUCUCAGCUCUGUUCUCUAACGUCAUCGUAGCUUUUGCCACCGUGAAGAAAACAGGACCCAUAGCCCAGGACUGCACUGUCACUCUCACAAGCAUACCAGCAACAGAAGACAUAUUCUCUGGUCCUGGCAGAUCUGAUGAGAUGGACUCACUACUAUUUAGGCAAUCAGAAAACCCAGACUGUACCCUGCGGCUGUGUGCUCUUCAGAAGCUUCAGAAAUCGCUGGUUAUCAAGGUGGAUCUACACUAUACUGAUAUGGACAAUAAGCUGCGCCUUACAGAAAGCCAGCAGAUGGACAUAGGAAAGCCCCUGGUGGCAUCAUGUGAACUGUACAAGAGAAAUCAGGCAGGGACAGCCAAGAGACAAGAAGGCGCUUCAGCUCAGAGUAUGGGCAUCAUUUCAAGCAGCAAGCCACCGCUGUGUCAGACUGUGCCCGGCUCAUGUCGUCCCUUCACCAGAAAAGCAGAAUGCACAGGCAAAGUCACAGCUGCCAGGAGCAACGAACCUGAAGAGAACGACGAGAACGAUUUUCAAGACCUCACUCUUUGACACUGAGCCUUUCUGGUUCGGAUAUUGUGUAUAUUUUUGAUCCACAUGCUGUACAUUUAUCAGUGUGAUUAGGAAUUCCUCAUUACUAAUCAUGAAUUUCCUCCUGUCAGAUGUUUUUUGAGUGAAGUAGUGAAUAAUGAAUGAAUGAGUGAAUGAAAAUUUGAAUGGCUGUACAUAUUUGUUGUGUAGUGACUUUUUUUUAAAUUAUUAUUAUUAUGUCACCGGAUCCUUCGGUUCUCAGCUUAACACUCAAGAAAAAUAAACACUUUACUUAACCGCUGGUUUAAGCAUAAACUGUGUAAUUAUAAUUGUAAUAAUAAUAAUAAUAAUAAUAAUAAUAAUAAAUAAUAAAUAAUAGCGGUGGCUCACACUGGUUCAUCAGUUGUACGCUUAAACUGUAAA